UUUGUGGGGCGACGGUAGUAGGAGCGUGGCGCGUGUCAGAGUUGUCCGCACGUGCCGCGGCCGGAGCCAUGAGCUGCCCCGUGACUUGCGCCGCCUGGGUGCGCAGGGGGGUCGCCAGGGGAACGCCCGACAAGGUGCGGCUCAGCGCGGAGGAGCUGAAGCGGUUCAUCGGGGAGGCCGCGGAGACGCUGCGAGAAGAAGUAGAUGGUAGUGAUGAAGAAGAACAUGGACAGGCUGCAGAAGACAUCAUGGAUGUUGCUAGUGGUGAGACAGUUGAGCCUCCUCAAGAAGAUGGGGACCAGGAAGAAGACACUGAAAAGCUGAAUGAUGAUGAGCUGGCAGAGUAUGGUUUGGAUAAAUAUGAUGAAGAGGAGAAUACAGAUGCUGUGAGCCUUGGAGACACCUUAGCCGGUCUUACGGUGUAUGGGAGUAACGAACGUGAUCCUUACGUCACUAUUAAAGAUACUGAGCAAUAUGAACAGGAAGAUUUUUUGAUUAAGCCCAGUGACAAUCUGAUCAUUUGUGGAAGAGUUGAUAAGGACCACUGCAGUCUAGAGGUUCACCUUUAUAAUCAUGAAGAGGACUCAUUUUAUGUACACCAUGAUAUCCUCUUACCUGCAUACCCUCUAAGUGUGGAGUGGCUUAAUUUUGAUCCUAAUCCUGAUGAAUCUCCAGGAAAUUAUGUUGCAGUGGGUAACAUGACCCCUGUUAUUGAGAUCUGGGACCUUGAUAUAGUGGAUUCUCUAGAGCCAGUCUUUUCCCUUGGAAGUAAAAAAGAAAAGAAGAAGAAGAAGAAAAAGGGAAAGAAGAAUUCGUCUACAGAAGGGAAUCAGGAUGGGCAUACUGAUGCAGUUCUUGACCUUUCAUGGAAUAAGCAAAACAGAAAUGUGUUAGCAAGUGCUUCAGCUGACAACACUGUAAUUCUGUGGGAUAUGUCCGUGGGUAAACCGGCAGCGAACCUUACUUUACAUAUGGACAAGGUCCAGACACUACAAUUUCAUCCAUUUGAAACACAGACGCUUGUUUCUGGAUCUUAUGAUAAGUCUGCUGUCCUGUAUGACUGUAGAAGUCCUCAGGAUAACCAUCGAAUCUGGCGGUUUAGUGGACAGGUUGAGAGAGUGACUUGGAAUCAUUUUUCACCUUGUAACUUCUUAGCUAGCACAGAAGAUGGCUUUGUGUACUGUCUAGAUGCUCGUUCCGAUAAGCCACUUUUUACUCUGAAGGCUCAUAAUGAAGAAGUAUCUGGACUCCAAUUAAGCAGUCAGAUCAAAGGGUGCCUUGUGACAUCAUCUGCUGACAAAUAUGUAAAAAUUUGGGAUAUAUUGGGGGACAAACCAAGUCUGAUCCAUUCCAGGGAUAUGAAAAUGGGUGUUCUCUUCUGUGCAGCUUGUUGCCCUGAUUUGCCAUUUGUCUAUGCCUUUGGAGGGGAGAGAGAAGGGCUUCGAGUCUGGGAUAUAAGCAGUAUUUCUGCAGUGAAUGAAGUUUUUGGAAGCAGAGAGAGGUUGGUAGCUGCCAAUACAAACUCUGGAACUAGCAGCUCCUUUGCCAGCAGUAGCAGCAAAAGUCCAUAAGCAGAAAUGGAAUCAUGACGGAUCAAACCUCACAUAGAUGGUAUAUAAAUGCAAAACAUCAAUCCAGAGUAUACUUUGGGACUACAGUUAAUAUGUACUCUGCACCCACUGGUUUGGAAAUGCUUAUGGAAGUGUAUCAAGUUUACUGCAAUCUGCAGCUUUUUUUCAUCUUGUGGGAGGAAAACAUGGUCUUGUGGUUAAGGCACAGGAGUCAGAAGUUAUGGUUCCUGCCUCUCACAGACUUGGAAAAGUUAAGUGACAUGCCUGCACCUUGCUUUACCUAGCACUGAAAUGGGGAUAGCACAUCACAUUUUGUUUGUAAACUUCACUUGUCAAGUGAUGUAU